AUGGGUGUUGUUGUAAAGGAUUACAGUCAAGUAAUGCCAUUUCGUCAUGAAGAUGGCGCAAGACUUAGUGAAGGUGUUACAUAUGAUAUUAGAAAUGAUCGAUUAUUAUGGGUAGACAUUUAUAAUUCAGAAAUUCAUGCAAUUGAUAAUGUUUCGCGUGACGGUCGUGAAGGUCGUCAUUCAACAAUCAAAAUUAAAGGUUCCCAGGGUCGUGAUUCCGUUGGUGUUGUCUUUUUAACUGAAGAUCCACAGAUUAUAUUAUUUGGUGGUAAAGAUGGGAUUGGUAAAUGGGUAAUUGGGUCUCACGAAUGGGAAUAUGUUAUUAAAUAUAGUGAAUGUUCCGAGUUGGCUAAUGAUCCCGAUCGUUUGCAAAGACUAAGACCAAAUGAUGGUAACACGACUCGUGAUGGUAAAUAUAUUCUUAUUGGAUUAAUGAAUGAUUUCAAUUAUGAUGUUAAGGCAAUUGAUGGAUGCAUCUUAAGAAUUAGCAUCCCUGAUCAAACAGUUGAAAUGAUUUGGGAUGGUAUUGCAAUUGCAAAUGCUGUACAUUGGGAUCGUGAUGAAAAUUAUGUUUUCAUUACAGAUUCAUUGAAACAUACUAUAUGGCGUUGUCCAUGGGAUUCUACUACAAAUUCAUUGAAUAAAGAUGGUAAGGAAUCAUGGAUUGAUUUUAAAUCUCACAAUAAAGAAUUUGAAAGUCCCGAACCUGAUGGUAGUGAUAUGGAUAAAAUGAAUAAUUUAUUAUACGUAACCGUUUGGUCCACUCAUCGUGUCCAAGUUUAUGACAUUACUCAACCAAAUAAAUUAGUACAAGAAAUUAUCCUACCGGUAACUACCCCAAGGGGAUCCUGUUGUUGUUUAGCUGGUAGUGACUUAUACGUCACUACGGCAAAUAAUGAAAUCAGUGAUCAGCCUGUCCAGAAGGGACAAGGUGGUUCAUUAUUCAGAUUACUAUGUGUAGCAGACAACAAGGCCACAUCUUCCAAGGCUUACUUGAAUUUACACUGA